AUGGCACAGCUUGUUAAAGUAUAUCUUAGUGUAUAUGAUUUAAAUAAUAAUACUUUAAUGACACCUCUUUUUGCAACAAUGCUUGAGGACCACCAUUCCUUUGCUGUACUUUUAGCUGAGUGGCGUGAUAUGUUUAAAAAUACAUUUAAUGGUAUUGCUACAUAUAUCCAAACAGUAUUAUCAGAAGAUGGCGUUACUACCAAACUUAUUCCUGCAUUGGGGUUGGCUGAAAAAGUAUCUUUAUGUGCUGAUGGUGCGAGCCAUGUUAUAGUUUAUAUAAAGUAUAAAGAAGUAACAGAUGUAAAACACGGUCUCAAGUUCCAAGGGAUUCCUUAUUAUUCCCACCUUUUUAGCCCACGUCCUCUUUUUUCAAUUUUGAAAGAUUAUCCAAAAAAAAAAUUACAAUCCAAUCCCACAAGUUUUAUGAGUUCAAAAUCUGAAAGUCUUAAUUUAGAAGUAGAAGAGAACGAUCAUGAUAAUUUUAUAAGCACUCAGAAUAAUUUUGCUAAUUGUACAAGUACUCCGAAUAAUCUUGAGAAGUCUACAAGUACCAUUAAGCCCUCAGAUUCAGAAAGAGAAGUCUCUCACAUAGAAAUUAUAGGAAAAAAUAGAACUAAUAAAAGUUUUAUUUUAGAUCAAAUUAAUUCAAUUUAA